CAUGGCUCUGCGCACGUUCGGCUAACACUAAACCCCUGCAGCUCCAUGUGCGAUGUUUCCCCGCAGUACUCUCGUAAUUCUGUGCGUUUAUUAUGUAGGUAUUGUGUCGUGUGACACCACACAGCAGAGCGUAGAGCCUGACUUGACUCCGUCACCGACAGCUGAGCCAGAGAGCUCCGGCUCUGGCUGCGGCUGCCAGUCGCUGAAGAGGGACGUUCCAUCAGGAGUUGCCGCACGCACCGCAAAGGAACCUCACACACCGCGAGAUCCGCGCGAGCUGCCUGCGGGAAAGUACUCGGCCGCGGCCAAUCGGGAUGAGGGCCAGAGCGAGUGUCGGGAACGCGCGGACAUUUCCGCAGAGAUGGUGCUAAUCCCUGCAGGACAGUUUCUCAUGGGUACAGACAAUCCUGGGAUUCCUCAGGAUGGGGAGGGACCUCAGAGAAGAGUUCACCUCGAUGCCUUUUAUAUGGACAUUCAUGAAGUCAGAAACCUGGACUUCCAGAAAUUUGUUAAUGCCACCGGCUAUGUCACAGAAGCAGAGAAAUUUGGCGACUCCUUUGUGUUUGAGGGUUUGUUGAGUGAAAAGAUAAAAAGUGAAAUCUCUCAGGCGGUGGCUGCUGCACCUUGGUGGUUACCAGUUAAAGGGGCCAACUGGAAGCACCCCGAGGGCCCAGACUCUCACAUUGCAGACAGGCUAGAACACCCCGUGCUCCAUGUCUCAUGGAACGAUGCGAUGGCCUACUGUUUGUGGGCUGGGAAGAGGCUACCCACUGAAGCAGAGUGGGAGUAUGCCUGUCGUGGCGGGCUGCAGGAUAGACUUUUCCCCUGGGGUAAUAAAUUGAAUCCUAAAGGACAGCACUAUGCCAACCUAUGGCAGGGACAGUUUCCAAAAGAGAAUACGGGAGAGGAUGGAUAUGUUAAGACAUCACCGGUGAUGUCAUUUCCUGUCAAUGGUUAUGGGCUGUAUGACAUGGUAGGAAAUGCUUGGGAAUGGACAGCUGACUGGUGGAACGUGCAUCACGCUACAGAUGAGCUUCAUAACCCUACAGGGCCAGCCACAGGUCGGGAUAGAGUGAAGAAGGGAGGAUCCUACAUGUGCCACAAGUCUUACUGCUACAGGUACAGGUGUGCUGCACGGAGCCAGAACACCCCCGACAGCUCUUCCUCCAACCUGGGCUUUCGUUGCAUCUCCAAAAAGGGUCUCUGAUAUGAGAUAUUACACCAGCUUAAGAGAAGCUGAAUGAAGCCAGCAGACUGCGUGACGCAUUCCUACAGUGCGGAUCCCCCAAUGCAGAAAUCGGCUGUUAUUAAGUCUGAAUGUCAAGAUCGAGCUUCACAGUCAGUCCGUCAAACCACAUUUCCUGUUUUAGCUUCUCAUCGAGAAGGCAGCACUGUCAGUCUGGACUCAGUGAGUCAACUCCAUCCUGGGAACAAGUUCUUUCAAGGGAUUUUUUUUUUUUUUUUUUGGAAUCAAGUUUUUAGUC